GAUAUUUUGAAUUAAAUGUUUUCUUUUUUAAAUAUUCGUUUAAGAUUACAAGAUUGAAAAAUUGAUUAAAAUGUAUGAUUAGUAGCUCAAAAUAAGAAUCGAAAUCAUGUCAAAAGUAGCAAAGCAAAAUUCGACGUUGAAAACGGCACACAUAGAUCACAAUGACAAAGUGAAAAGCACAAAAAAAUCUACAACCAAUGGAGGUACAAAGGAGGAAAAGAAAAAAAUUGCCAAAGUAACUGAAAUAUAUUCGAUUGAUGAAAAGAAAAAAAUCGAAAAAACCCAUUCAACAUCGACAAAAACCGCAUCAAAAAUAAAAAACCCAAAAAUCGAAUCAAAAACACGACCAAAAAUUGAAUCCAAAACGGUUGCGAUUCGAAAUGAAAAUUCAGUGCAAAAAGUGCUAUCCGUGGAAAAAUCGAACAAAAAACAAUCAACAUCAACUGAAAAAUUGAAACAAAAACGUUCAACUUCGGUUGAUGAGCCAAUUAAAAAAAGACCCAAAGAAAAAUCGAAAGAACCAACUCAAUCAAAUGUGACGAAAACUGUGAAAAGUACUGAAUCAUUAAUACAAUCGAAAAAUAUAUCGAAACAUCAGACGCCGUUGAAAGCGUCGCAUGCAAUUGGUGCCAAAUCAAGUGCCGCCACAACAAUUUCGUCGAAAAAUGUUAUGAAUCAAGUGCACAAUGUGACUGUUUCAUCACCGCCACCAGUGCGAAGAGAAAUUGCCCCAAUCGAAGUAGACAUUGUGCAUCAAAAAGAACAAAAGGAAAAACACGAAAAACCGCAAAAAGAUGUAAAAGUAGAACCAAAAUCGGAACAAAAAAACGCAGAAAUACAAGAACAGCAACAAGAAAUUGAUUAUCAGCAACCUUUGCCCAGAGGUCGGACACGAACACGAACGCUAGAAGAUGACGAAAUUGUUCUACUUAAAUCAAAGCCAAAUCCAGAAAGAGUGACAAUAAACGGUAACGAUUCGAAAGAAAGAAGCGUCAUCGAAAGAGUUUCGGUUGAAAUUCGACCACCAAUUUCAUUUGAGGUGCAAUUAGACGAUACUCAUAAAAAGUUUUUGGAUAAAAGACCUGAAAAUCGUGAAUUAGUUCAGACCGAAGUUGCAACAACGGCCGAUGGUGCUGAUAAUACAAGUGAAAAUGAAUCCGAAAAUUAUGAAGAUGACUUUGAAUCGUAUGAAUCGGAUUUUGAAUCUGAUUUAUCCGAUGAAGAUGAGGAGGUCGAUGAAAAUGGAUCCGUUGAGGAAACAUCGAUUUCUAGCGGUGAAAGUGAUACGGAUGAAAAUGUGGUAAGCACUGCUUCAAAGCAUCCAUUUGAAACGGGUCAUUCGAUUGACAAUAGUGAAUUUGAUUCGGGUUCAUUUGAAAUGAAAGUGCUAUCAAGUCGAGCACGUGAACGCAAUGAAAUUGAAGCCAAAAGUUCAAAUCGUCAUGAUCAAAAGUUUGAAGUGCAAAAUGAUUCGGGAAUUGAAAACAACUCGAAUACAUUUGGUGUGAAUGCAAUGAAUCCAACGCCAAAUGGACAAAUGAAUUCGCUGGAGUUGAACAAUAAAACGUUCGAUAAUAUUUCGGAUAUUGAAAAUGAAGGUAUCAACAGUCUUGAUACAAAUAAUAACAAAGCGAAUAGCGGCAAAUUGAAUGCAACUAAAUCACGAUUUGCAAAACGUGGUGAAGAAUUGCUUAGUAAAAUCACAUUAGAUAAUAUGAAUUAUGUGUUAUUUGAUUGUAAACCCAUUCCGUAUGAAGUGUUCAUGAAAAUUUAUGGAAAUAGUAAUACAACGCAAAUAUCUGUGCAAACGCAUAACGAUCGUAUUGAUCAGGAAUGCCAAAGUGAUGCAAUCACAAUGCGAACCAGUUGGUCACAAUGUCCAGUUACAUUUUAUACUGAGCAAAUGAGCCGAUCGAAUUUUGACGAUUAUAAAAAUGGUUGUGGAACUGAGAAUGACGAUCAAACGUUUGGUAGCACAAACGAUAAUUUGGAUGUAACGUGUGAAAAUAGUUUAAAAAUAAUUCGAAAAAAGUCUGUUAAAACAAACUUAAAUGAUAAUUCUAUCAUAGAAAUGGGCAAUUUAGCCAUGCUUAACAUUGAUUAUGACAAUUUAAAUCGGUUUUUACUUGAAAGUGAAAUGACAAUAUCAACCAUACUAGAUGGAAAUAUUCAAAAACGAUGCAGAAAACUCAACGAAUCAGCACUUCCUAUUUGUAAUGGUUUUUUUAUAUUGAAUCCAACAAUCAAUGCGAAUUUCGAAGACAAGCGCAUUCAUCGAAUUUUCACGACUGAUGCUUUAGCCGGUUUUGUAUUCACAUUACAUCGCGAUCACGAAUUGGAUGUAAUUGGCAUGUGGAAUUUAAUUUCAUUUAGUGCACCAGUUUGUUUGCUAUCUGUUUGGUCAAAAGUUGUGUGCUUGGAAAUUCACCCGAAAAUUAAAGAUAUUGUUUUUGCUGGUCUUGACGAUGGAUCGAUCGCAGUAUGGGAUUAUUCCGAGUCAAAAUAUUGGCAUCCAAAUUUAAAUAAGGAGAUUAAAAGAUUUGUACCAUCUCAAAUAACAACACCAACAUUCGAUAGCAAAGAUAUAAAGGAUUUUGGUCGAUGUGUAUCGAUUCGAGGUCUACCAAUUUCUGCUGAUACGGAACUACUAAAUGGUUACAAUCCGAAACAGAUGUGUAGCCUGCAUGAGUGUGGUUUGUUGAUUUUGUGGACUGUUCUAAAUAAUGCAACGGGUGCAUAUACGGAUUUGUCGAAUAAACGAAUCGAUCAUCAGUCGAUGUGGAGUAAAGUGAAGCUAAUUCAAAAUAAAGCGAUCGACUUACGUUCAUCCGUACGACAAAUGGCACAGGUCAAACUAUCGCGACCAUCGUCAAAAUCAUUUAAUAAAACGCGUUCGUAUUUUGAAAGUGAAUUGUUCAGUGAUGUUGCACUUCAAGAGCUUCAUUCAAUGAAUGCUGAAGAAGAGAAAAUUCUGACACAUUUUCAUUGUACAGCCAUUGAAUUGACACGUGAAGGUAUUUUAAUUUCAACCAAUGAAAAUUUUUUACUCUUUGGCCGUAAAUCGUUUAAAAAUGAGUCAUUUCGUCGUAUCCAAAUCGAUUCGAAUAAAAGUGUACGCGUUGAAUGUAUGGUGGCUUUAUCGGGCUUUGACGAUGACAUUGUUGUCAUUGCUUUAAAUAAUGGUGCGGUAAAAUCGUUGUGUUGCGAUCAAAAUGUUGAGCAAACGGAUGAUUCAAUGACAAACAGUGAUGUUGAAGAGAGUUUUUCAUCGAUGUCAUCAUCCCAAACACCUCCAAUGGGUGAUGGAAAAGCUUCAAAUUUGAACUUUCCAGUUGAAUCAUUCGAUUAUCGAAUGGCGUCACCAUCAAAUGGUUCGGUGCAAAUUGCAAUGGCUGCUCCACUUCAUGCAAACUUCAUGGAUAAUGUUGAUGGAUCGUUGUUCGGUAAAUCGUGUACAAUUCAAAGCUUAGUGCAAAAUGAACGUAAAAUUUAUGAUGAAAUGCAAGCGCUUAAUCAUCUUGAGAAUAAUGAAAAAAUGCCGUUGGAGAUCAUUCGAAUCAAAUCGAUGCAACGAUCCGUCAGAUGCACCCAAUUAAUUAGUGGCCAAAUAAUUUUGAAUAAUUCGUUAGACGCUUUUUCAAUAUUAACGCGUCAAUGCAUUGUGCAAUUACAAAAAUCAAAGAAAUUAAUCUCACUGUGCAAAAAUCGAUUGCGAAUUUAUGAUCUUUUGACCAAUCAAAUUAUCAACGUAACCAUCAAUCAAAUGAACGAACAGAGAUUCGUACAAGCUACGGCCACAACAGCCAAUCAAAAUGAAGAAUAUUUGAUUUUACUGAACACCGAAGGAGUUAUUGAGCUACACCAAAUAAAAAUUGAUCCAAACACUGGUUAACAUGUUACAAUAAAAUAUUUUACAUGAAGCUAUU